CAGUUCUAGCAUUCGGUUCACGCUCACGGGCUAUCGAGUUCGUUCGACAUCGCCCCUUCUCCCACGCUUCUUUCUCAACUCCUAGCGGCUCUUCCUCCAGCUCCGCUUGGCACGCGGCCGGUAUUCUCCCUUCUCUGUAUAUGUGCUUGCCUGCCAGAUCCCGAGCUCCGGCCACCAACCUAAUCUCGCUCACCCGCCUCACUCUCAAAGCCUUUUGCCCCAUUUCAACAAACACCAUCCACUCUCUCAUCAAAGCAUGCGCCCAUCUGGACCACCUCAAGCAAGUCCACGCCCAGCUCCUCACCCACGGCCUCCAUCACUACCUACCCUCCCUCCUCUCCACCACCACCCUCUCCUACCUCUCCUUUGGUCUCCUCGACUUUGCCUUCCUCCUCUUCCGCUCCAUCCCCAACCCCUCCACCUAUCUCUGGAACAUCCUGAUGCGCUCCUGUGCCACCCAUGCUCGCUUCCACCACUCCCUCCAUCUCUACUCCAAUCUCCUCUCCUCCGGCCUCCGCCCCGGCAAGUUCACCUUCCCCUUCGCCCUCAAAUCCUGCGCCGCCCUCGCCGACCUCCAGCUCGGGAGGCAGCUCCACCACCAUGUUAUAUGCUUCGGGUGCGCUGACGACCUCUUUGUCGGUGCCGCUCUUGUCGAUAUGUACUCCAAGUGCGGUGACGUCGACGAUGCCCGUCUCGUGUUCGAUAAAAUGAGCAAGAGAGACUUGGUCUCGUGGACUUCGAUGAUAUCGGGUUACGCCCACAAUGGCUGCAGUACUGAGACAUUGGAGUUUUUCGGUCUCAUGCAGCAGUCGGACGUGAAGUCCAACCGCGUGAGCUUGUUGAGUGCCCUAUUGGCGUGCGGUCAUCUGGGGGCCCUCAGGAGGGGAGAGUGCUUUCAUUGUUAUGUGAUCAAGACUGGAUUGGAGCCCGACAUUUUGGUUGCAACUGCGGUUGUUGAUAUGUAUGCAAAGUGUGGGAGUCUCGAUCUUGCACGAUUGGUGUUUGAACUUGCAGAUGAGAAGGAUGUUGUGUGUUGGAGUGCAAUGAUAGCGAGCUAUGGAUACCAUGGGCUUGGGAAGGAUGCGAUUGCAGUUUUUGAUCAGAUGGUGGAAGCUAGGGUGAAGCCAAACCAUGCCACCUUUACUAGUCUCCUCUCUGCGUGUAGCCAUUCAGGGCUGCUAGAAGAAGGCGAGAGGUAUUUUCAUUCGAUGAAUGACACAUUUGGAGUGGAGCCGAAGCUGAGUCACUAUGCAUGCAUGGUGGACAUCCUUGGACGUGCAGGGAAGUUAUAUGAAGCUCAAGUGCUUAUAGAACACAUGCCCAUGGAUCCUGAUUCUAGUUUAUGGGGGUCUCUGCUUGGUGCUUGCCAGAUCUAUGGUGAUUUAGAUUUAGCAGAAAGAAUUGCGGAUAGAAUCUUUGAGUUAAACACUAACCAUUCUGGGUAUUAUGUUCUUCUCUCGAAUAUUUAUGCAGCUAAGUCGAGGUGGAGCGAUGUUGAGAGAGUGAGGAAGUUGAUGGUGGGAAGAAAGGUGAGUAAAGUUCAGGGGUUUAGUAUGAUUGAGUUGGAUAACAAAGUUUAUAAGUUUGGAGUAGGUGACAGGACCCAUCCACUGUCUUCGGAGAUACACUCUUUUCUACAAGAAAUGCUGGCAGAGAUGAAACAGCUAGGUUAUGUUCCUCUGAUGGAAUUUGCUCUUCAUGAUGCUGAAGAUGAGACUAAGGAAGCUGCACUGCCCUAUCACAGCUAGAGACUUGAUUGCAGUUGACCCAAGCAUCAUAAGCGCUGGGACUCCUAUGUGAUUCAUUCUAGUCAAAUUUGCAGAGGUUUGGUGUUUCUUUUUUUUGGCCCUCUGUGGAAUGCCUAGUAACACAGAUGAGCUUUCAAGUAAAAUAUGAUAAUACUCUUAAGUGAUUUGGUGCUUAUGUCCGCGGGCAUACUGUGGAUUUCAACAUGAGCAAACUUAGAACAUGGAUUAUUAGUUAUUUCAAUGUCAGCCCAGAUGCGGAACUAAUUCUUACCUAUACCGAUGAAGAUGGUCAGAUGUUUAACACUGGGUGAUGAUGUAGGCCUGUGAGAUGCUGUUAGUCAGUGUUUGGACCCUCUUAAGAUUAAUGUUCUGUUGAAGUCUGUUAUUGGCAGACAUUCUGAUCCAGAUUCUCACACAGCAAACUGUACUUCCCAUACAUCAGUGCAGAAUGCAGAUUGAAAAUUGACCACUUCAGUUUAGUUUUGCUGUUCAUAAACACUGACAUAUCCCCUUGAACCAUUUCAAGUGCACUUACAAAGCUCUCUCAAUAUCUUUUCCUGAAAGCUGUGUCGUCUGCACCAGCAUUUGCCAAGUUCAUGGACCAUUUCUCCAAAUUGGGAUUAUCCAAUGGUUAUCAGCCUUCUAGCAGUCCUAUAAAAAUUGUCAUCAGGCACAUGCAAUGGCGCAUCAACUCAACCAAUGGAUGUAAAAUUAGUGAUGGGCCAAAAGUUUCAGAUCAUUUGGCUUCACUAUCAACUUUAAUACCAAGUACUAAUAAUGAUAGUGCAGUUUCAGAAGGCAUGCAAAAGCAUCAUGAAAGUGAUAACGUGAGCACAAGCAGAAUGGUCAAAUUUCUUGUUGAGCUUAAAUAUGAACAUUCCUAGACAUCCACACCCAUCAGGAUAUCCCCCAAUCGAUGAUCUACCAACCGACCCUGACCCCCCUCUGGGAAAUUAAUGAUAUUAUGAAUCAUGAAAAAGAAACUAGUGAUGCUUAUCAUAAAGGAAAAUCUGUUAUAUCUGCUGCCCCUUUCUCUGCGCCUCCUGUUGAUCCCACUGCAGAGCACAGUUCACAAAAUUAUGAGAUGCAAAACCCAUUUCUUGCUCCAAAUUAUGGAACAACUGUCAUCACAAGUGGUGAUAACAGGAAACAGCUUCCUGUUGGCAUAGGCCCUUCAGCAUCAAAUUGUGGAUUAAGUUCUCUAUUUGAUAUCUCUAUCAACAAACAUAUUGGUGCACCUACUCCUGAUGUUCCUCUGUCAAGUGGGUUCUUCCCUAUAGGCCGUCGAUACAGGAGGGGCGAUGGCUACCAUGAUAUCAUGCCUCGAACUUUCUACAGGGGUCUCCGAGUGAUGACUGUGCAUUGCAUCCCAUCAUCGGUCCAUGGUUCAAGUCGAAUGUGAAGGAAGAUUAUGAUUUAUGCAGUUUUUAUUUCUCAGAGAUGGGUAAUGAAGCUGAUUAUACCAGAAUUUACGGUGCUUGUUCCUCUCACAGAUUGUAUGAGGACUUUUACAAUACUAUAUGAUGCUAAUCUUCUGUUCAGCUCAUUAAUUUCCCUCGAUUUAAAAUGAUGUUAACUGUCUCUCCUCUUCAUUAUUCUGGCAUUCUAGAUAUAUCAGUUUCCUUUGUCACAUGUUCAUGGUUUGGGGAUGAGAAUCAAGGGAAAAACUGGAAAUUUGCUUUAUUCAAGAAUCAAGACGUAACUUUCCUGGAUGGAACUCUAAUGCCUCCUACAUCAUAUACUAAGAUUUGGCAGAUGUGAAAUAAUGGUACCGCUCAAUGGCCCCAUGGUGCAAAACUUGUGGGGAUUGGUGGAGAUCAAUCUGCUGCAUAUUGCUACUCAGUCCAGUUGGAGAUUCCAGUAAAUCGAUGCCCUGUGAACACAGAGAUUGACAUUGCAAUUGACUUCACAGCACCCGUCAAUGACUGGUCGGUAUAUUUCAUACUGGAUAUUGGCAUCACCUUCUGGACAGAUUGGUUCACGAGUUUGGGUUCUUCUCCAGGUGGAUGCAUUGUGACCAACUUCCCCUUGCGGCAACUUCCCCUCUGAUCUCAACUUGAACCUUCCUCCCAAAAGUAGUGUCGGAAAUGGAGUUAGGAAGUGUAGAUGCGAAUGCUGAACUCUUGGCUGGUUUUGUUCAAAAGCCAGUUUUCUGACACGACCAUUGAGUUGGUUAAACAGUUAAUUACUGAAAUCCCAAGUAAUGGUACAAGCCCAUUGUCUGUGAUGGGAUUGCACAGCCUGUGCCUGCUUCCAUGAUGACAACCCAGUAGAGCAGAUGCUACUGAAGGAGCUGGAAGAGAUGGGCUCUAAGCUGAUUGGCUUGAACAAGGAAGUACUAAGGCUGAACAAAUACAACCUGGAGCAAUCUGUUGAUGAUCUCUGUGGCUUUCAUGAAUGAAAUCCUCUUGCUGAUCUGCACUAAAUGGGUUUUUCUGACGGAGAUGAACAAGAAGCUGAUGAUAAAGAAUUGGUGGUAGCUUCAAGCAAGUUGUGUUAGAUCUCAUCACUGGAGAGAACGGUGAGUAGCAUGCCUAUAAAAAGUGUAAAUGUUUUGGUAUAUAUGGGAAAGAGGGACAUGGUUAUUAUUUACUGUUGUCUGCAUAGCAUGAGUACAAAAAUACGUAAAGGCAUAAACAGGAAAGAGGGCCAUGGGUAUCUUAUUUACUGUUGUCUUAUAUGGCUACUAUAUCGAAGAGAUGUUGUGAGUAUGCUUAAUAUCAUGGAUGAAAUGUUCGUAUUUAUCUAGCA